UACACUCUGACUCAGACUAACUCUUUCUGGUUAACAUUCAUAUUCGCAUACUUGGCUUGUCUGUACUCCAAUUUCCCCUUUGCCUUCCUUCCUUUCUUCCUUCAUCGUCGUCGUCACCAUCAUAUCUCCAUUAUUAUCAUCAAUUUUUAGACAAAUAAAAUAGAAGGAGAGAGAGAGAGCACAACAAAAACAAAAGUAAGAAGGAAGCAGCAGCUAGAGAAAGAACAAAACACAAAAAACAGAUUUGUUGUCAUUUGUGGGUUGGUGUGGCUGCGUGCGUGUCGCUAGCUCGCGUUGAAUUUCUUCAACUUCGGCUGAAUAUAAUUGUGUGUCUGUCUGUCUCUCUUUUUUUUUUUUUUUUUUAUAUAUAUAUAUAUUUUUCUUAGAUCUGAGAGAAAGGUGAAAAGUGAGGAGGAAGAAGAAGAGAGAAGAAUUAUUACAUAAAUGCAGGUUCUGCAGUACAGAGAGAGACAGAGGCAAUCGGGAGAAAGGAGAUACUAAUUAGUGGAAAUGAUGAUGGCCAUGGGGAGUAAUUGCGGCAGCGUCUACACGAGCAAGGCUUGCAAUGCUUUACUUAAAGAACUCCAGCAAAUAUGGACUGAAAUUGGGGAAAGUGAAGCUGAUAAAGAUCGCAUGUUGGUGGAGCUUGAGCAAGAAUGCUUAGACAUAUACAGAAGAAAGGUUGACGAGGCUGCGAAUGCCAAGGCUCUUCUUCAUCAGUCAAUUGCUGCCAGGGAAGCCGAGGUUGCCAUGCUCAUGGCAACGCUUGGAGAAAUCAAUGUCACUUUUCCGGUCUUGGCCGACAAAAAGGCAAAAUCAUUAAAAGGUCAACUGGCCUCUGUUUCACCGUUAGUUGAAGAGUUGACGCGUAAGAAAGAUGAAAGGAUGAAGCAAUUUGCCGAUAUCAAGUCCCAAAUUGAUAAGAUAACUAGUGAGAUUUCCGGAUACGGCCAUAUUGUCAGCUCAGUGAGUGCCUUGAAUCUGGAAGAACAUGAUUUGUCUCUUAGAAAGCUCAUGGAAUAUCAAUCGAAUCUCCGAACACUGCAGAAAGAAAAGUCUGAACGCCUCCAAAAGGUUUUGGAUUGUGUGAACGAGGUGCAUACAUUGAGUACCGUUCUAGGUUUGGAUUUUGCCAAGACUGUGAACGAUGUUCAUCCAAGCUUGCAUGCGUCGAGCGCAGAACAUGUGACGAACAUCAGCGACAGCACAUUAGAGGGGCUUGAUCAAGCUAUCUUGAAGCUAAAAACACAGAGGAAGUUUCGAUUUCAGAAGCUGAAAGAUGUUGCGGGUUCCCUCUUUGACCUGUGGAACUUGAUGGACACUCCGAAAGAAGACAGGUCUUAUUUCGCGAGAAUUACUUCAGUUCUUGGUUUCUCGGAGUCGGAAAUUGUGCAACCAGGUGCUUUAUCGAUGGAGAUAAUAGAUCAGGUUUCAGCGGAGGUUGAAAGGCUCACAAAACUAAAAGCAACGAGGUUAAAGGAACUUGUUCUGAUGAAGAGGGCCGAGCUGGAGUACGUAUGCUCUAAGAUACAUAUUCAAGCCGAUCCGAGCACUGAUGCUGACAAAACGAAUGCCUUGGUGGAUUCGGGUUUAGUGGAUCCAAGUGAACUGCUGGCAAACAUCGAAGCGCAGAUAUCCAAAGCCAAAGAAGAAGCAUUAGCCCGUAAAGAACUACUCGAUAAGAUAAGCAGAUGGCUUUAUGCUUGUGACGAGGAAAAGUGGCUCGAAGAUUAUAAUAAAGACGACAAUCGGUACAGCGCCGGAAGAGGUGCUCACAUAAAUCUCAAACGCGCAGAGCGCGCGAGAAUUACUGUGAAUAAGAUUCCAGCUAUGGUCGAUAAUCUGAUUAGCAAGACACUGAUGUGGGAGGACGAGAAAAAAAUGCUGUUUCUGUAUGAUGGGGUCCGCCUGGUGUCCAUACUCGAGGAUUACAAACAAGCUAGGCGGCGCAAGGAAGAAGAGAAAAAACAAGCCCGGGAUCAAAAGAAGUUGCACGACAUGCUUCUUGCCGAGAAAGAAUCUAUUUACGGGUCGAAGCCGAGCCCGAGGAGGAGCAGCAGCUUUAGGAAUGUGAACGGACACCGUGGAUAUGGAAAUGGAAAUGGAUCGGUGACUCCCUCGCCCCGUCGGAACUCAUCUGGUGGUAUCAACUCGGAGCUCCUCACACCGAGAUCGUACUCUGGACACCAAAACGGGUAUUUCAAGGAAACGAGAAGGCUCUCGACUGCACCUCUAAACUUUGUCGCCAUACCUAAAGAAGACACCAUUUCAUUUUCCUCAGUUUGUGGUUCGGAGCCCGAAUCUCCUCCUCAACGCUGAAAACAACUUAAAACUCGAUGAGAGCGCUCUUCUCUUGGGGUAAAGAAAGAAUGAAAGGAACAAGUGUGAAUACAGGUGGAGAUGUGCAAUAUUAGUGUUUCUAUUUUUAGGACUGUGAUCGAUCUGGUUUUGGUGUUUUUUUAGCUGCUUUAUGUGUAGUAAUGAAGAGUCUCUCUCUCUCUGAUGUUAGAGGAGGAAUUGAAAUAGCAAUUUCCUAUAUCUGUCUGAACUUGAAUUUGCAUUUGCAUUUGCAUUUGUUAUGUUGGGAAGGAAGAAUGCUUUGUGUAUAUAUCUAUAUAUAUUGUUGUGCUUGCUAUGUCAA